CGGCUGCUGCACUUUGAAGUGCGCCUGUUGUGAUCAGUGAUCCGCAGAGGUCCGGAGCAGACGCACACUCAGGAUUGUCUCAGUCCACUUGGAAACUACAGGGCGCUCUCCCUCGUCUUUUGCCGUCUCUUUUGUUUCAGCAGACACAGUUACUCCUGCCGCCGUGGAACCUUUGUGAGUGUGUUUGUGUGAGAUUACAAACUGGAGCCGGAGCCGCAGGAAAACAAGAUGCUUCAAACCAAAUAACGCACCGGACUAAGAGCUCUGGCUUCUCUGUCCCCCGGGGACAUUUCGGGACGUCGAGCUGUGUUUGUUCCCGGUACAUAUUCAUGGAUUACAAUACGAUUUGAAGUCGAAAUGCGUCAUCUUUAAACACUGUCCGGACUAAAAGAAGGCACAUCCCAAAGCGGCGCCCACUCUCCAAUGAAAGAUUUUCCUUCUGUGACAGACACGGAUCGAAUAAGUGAGCGGAGCGACAAAACUGAGAGCGGUGACAGUCAAAAGUCUCGUCCCCCUGCUGUAGUCUCUCUGCUGACCCCUCUGGACCCCAUUCGACAGGCUAAGAGACUUCCUAUCCGAGUUCUCAAGAUGUUGACUGCGCACACUGGACACUUGCUUCACCCGGAGUAUUUACAGCCGCUGACGUCCGCACCAGUCAGCAUAGAGCUGGAUGCCAAGAAGAGUCCAUUAGCCCUGUUGGCACAGACCUGUUCUCAGAUUGGUAAAUCAGACCCUCCGUCCUCCAAACUGGGCUCCUCCUGCAGCCAGGGGGACAAGGAGCCCAGCAGCCGCUCAGCCGUCUCCAGCCUGAAGCUCGGAGAGCACCGCCCCUCCCUGGACGACAAAUCCAGCUUCAAGCCCUAUAACAAAGGCACUGGAGAGUGUCGCAGAGACACCGGUAGCAGCUCUAACGGCAGCUCAGACAAAGUCGGGUUCAGGGUGCCCACCAGCAGCGUUACCACCAAUGGUAAUUCCACCAAUGGCCAGCCGUCAUAUCCGCCCCAUGCUCACUCACCCAGCUCUAGAGUCAGCAGCGGCACCCCACCAGGACACACACAGCAGCAGCAGCAGCCGUCUCACAAACAAAGCCAGUCACCUGGUGGACAGCCCACGUCACACCCCCACAGUCAGAACGGAGAGACUGUACAUGAGCAGAGCAGCCCUAGCAGCACGAACAACAGCAGUACUAGUCAUCUCAAAAAAGAUACCGAGGUAAACAAGGCCAGCUCGGACAGCCCGCACCUUGCAAACUCCAGCCAUGUUCGAGCUAGCACAAACUGCAGUAACGACAGCUCUGAGAGCACGUCCAACCACGAGGGAGGUAAAUCUGAGCCUGCUCAGCCGAACCUGGGCCCUGGACAUAUUACACCCAUCUCUCCGUACAAGACAAGCCAGCCUCUCUUUCCCCUGCCUUCUUCCAACAUGGGCUAUCAUGGAUCUGUAGUGGGGGCCUAUGCAGGCUACCCAUCCCAGUUUGUUCCAGGGCUGGACCCUACCAAGUCCAGCCUCAGCGUGGGAAGCAUGGCGGUUCCUGGAAAGCACCCGAGCUCCAGCCCACUUACAGGGGCCUCCCCUCCGUCUUUCAUGCAGGGUUUGUGCAGGGACCCCUACUGUUUAAGCUAUCCAAGUGUGUCCCACCUUGGUGGAAGCAACUGCAACUCCUGCAUCCAUGACCCUUCCUCCACCCUCAAAUCAAGCUUCCCAUUGGUGUAUCCCUCCCACCCACUCCACUCCCUUCACCCCAGCUCUUUGUCAUCCAGUGUGACGUCUUCCCUCUCACACCCGCUCUAUACAUAUGGCUUCAUGUUGCCCAAUGACCCUCUGCCUCAUGCAUGUAACUGGGUUUCAGCCGGAGGGCCGUGCGACAAGCGCUUUGCCACCUCAGACGAGCUGCUGGCUCACCUCCGCACUCACACGGCCCUGCCUGUGGGAAUGGACAGUAAGCUGCUCUCUGUUUCCUCCUCUGGACCUGCCUCCUGUCACCUUCACCUCCCCCACCAGAGCAGCCCCGGCUCUAUGCCCAGCUCACUCUCUCUCAGGGCUCCCCCUAGCCUGGGUCUGGCUCGUUACCAUCCUUACAGUAAGGUCCAUCUGCCUCCCGGUCCCUCCUCCAUUUCUCUGCACUCUCUCCCCACCACUGGUCCGUACUACCCCCAUUAUGCUCUCUACAGUCAAAGACUUGGAUCUGCCUCGGCUCUAGGCUACCAGUGAUGACACCAUCCACUUAUGUUUUAAGCUAGUACUUAAAAACAGCAAGUUGCUGCUUCCUCCGAGUCAAGACUGCAUUCUAGCCGAGCUAGGAUGAGAGCUGGAGUCCUGGAUUUUGACUUGAAAGCUCCUUCACACUUCCUUUAUACAUUAAAUAACAUAUAUGGAGUUUCUAUUCAGGCUGAGGUCCACUCUUAAAGAUCAGAGGACACAUGGCUCUUGCAUGUCAGCACAUUGCUCGGAUACUUUUGCAACAGACAUGACUUCCCCUUGGUGACUUCUGACACCCCACAGGCUUGGCAAAUUGAUGGUUGGAUGCAGUGUAAUAGCUCUUGGAUGUUCAGGGUUUCAUGCUGCAAGUGGUGAUUUAGUGCAGAAAAAUGUAGUGCGGCAGGGAUGGCAAUAAGCUUUGGCCCUGUGUGCUGAAGUAAGUCUGUCCACAGCCGCUUUCCCCUGCGAGACAUGCAUGUAAGCUUGACACAGCAUACACACUUACUGUUUAUUCAGCCCCAUGCUUUGUGAUGAUUUAUGUUUUGUUUAUUCCUACUGAGAAGUUGUAUUUAUUUUAUACCGGGAAUCUGACUUUCAUGUUUACCCUAUAAAUCUGCUUUCAUUUUUCAGAUAUGUGGAAAGACAGAUGACAGGUGUUGAAUAUGUUGCGUCUUAACGCUUUUUGAAUGAAUGUUAAAAUCACAUCUCUCUCUCUGAACUCCUCAGCGUUUUGACUUUUUAUUGUCACAGCAAAUCAAUAAAACUGAGAUGUGAUAUUUUUUGUAAAAUUGGAACACCAUGUGGUGCUAUCCAGUGAAAUGGGAGGUCAUAUUUUGUUAAAUAAAUCACAUUGAAGAUUUA